GUAAUUGGACGGAUGUGCAAGAUAAUUGACAAGACCUGUCUCUCUCCAACGGCUACAUUAGAACAGCACCUCAUGUGGGAUGACAUUGCCAUUCUAGCCCGUUAUAUGCUGAUGCUGUCUUUUAACAAUUCGCUCGAUGUGGCCGCACAUCUCCCCUACCUUUUCCACGUUGUUACUCUGUUGGUGGCCACUGGUCCUCUUUCUCUCAGAGCUUCCACCCACGGCCUGGUCAUCAACAUCAUUCAUUCUCUGUGCACUUGUUCACAACUUCACUUCAGUGAGGAAACGAAGCAGGUUUUGAGACUGAGCUUAACGGAGUUCUCACUGCCCAAAUUCUACUUGUUGUUUGGAAUUAGCAAAGUGAAAUCGGCAGCAGUGAUUGCAUUCCGAUCCAGCUAUCGGGACCGGUCAUUCUCUCCUGGUUCCUAUGAGAGAGAAACAUUUGCACUGACAUCUCUGGAAACGGUCACAGAAGCAUUGCUGGAAAUUAUGGAGGCGUGCAUGAGAGAUAUCCCCACCUGCAAAUGGCUUGACCAGUGGACGGAACUAGCUCAGAAGUUUGCAUUCCAGUAUAAUCCGUCCCUCCAGCCCAGAGCCCUUGUGGUCUUCGGUUGCAUUAGCAAACGGGUGUCACAUGGACAGAUAAAACAAAUCAUCCGGAUUCUGAGCAAGGGUCUGGAGAGCUGCUUGAAAGGGCCAGACAACUACAAUAGCCAAGUUCUGAUAGAGGCCACCGUCAUAGCCCUGACUAAGCUCCAGCCACUCCUCAAUAAGGACUCCCCUAUGCACAAGGUACUGUUUUGGGUGGCCAUGGCAGUUCUACAGCUGGACGAGGUCAAUCUGUAUUCCGCAGGCACGGCUUUACUUGAGCAGAACCUACACACUCUGGACAACCUCCGGGUAUUUAAUGAUAAAAGCCCCGAGGAAGUCUUCAUGGAGAUCAGGAGGCCUCUAGAGUGGCACUGUAAGCAGAUGGACCACUUUGUGGGACUCAAUUUCAACUCCAACUUCAAUUUUGCACUUGUGGGACAUCUGCUAAAAGGUUAUCGGCACCCAUCGCCAACCAUAGUAGCAAGGACAGUAAGGAUUCUGCACACACUCCUCGCUCUGGUUAACAAACAUAGGAACUGUGAUAAGUUUGAGGUGAAUACCCAGAGUGUGGCUUACCUUGCAGCUCUGCUGACUAUGUCCGAGGAAGUUAGGAGCCGGUGCAGCUUAAAGCAUAGGAAAUCACUCCUCUUGACGGAUAUUUCAAUGGAAAACGUUCCUAUGGAGACAUAUCCCAUACACCACAAUGAAGCCAGUUGUAGGACACUAAGAGAAAACCAGCCCUGGUCUUCUCCCAAGAACUCCGACAGACAUCUCGCUGCUAAUUACCCAACUGUUGGGCAGAUCAGCCCCCGCACAAGGAAAUCCAUGAGCCUGGACAUGGGACAGCCUUCUCAAGCAAACACUAAAAAGCUGCUAGAAACACAAAGGAUAUCACCCCAACAGCAUCCCCAUCUCCGUAAAGUAUCUGUGUCCGAGUCUAACGUCCUCCUAGAUGAGGAAGUCCUCACUGAUCCCAAAAUCCAAGCUCUGCUGCUGACUGUCCUUGCAACGUUGGUAAAAUACACAGCAGAUGAGUUUGACCAGCGAAUCCUGUAUGAAUAUUUAGCAGAAGCCAGUGUGGUUUUCCCAAAGGUCUUUCCUGUUGUGCACAAUUUAUUGGACUUCAAGAUAAAUACUCUCUUAUCGCAAUGCCAAGAUCCAAAUUUAUUGAAUCCCAUUCAUGGGAUUGUUCAGAGUGUGGUUUACCAUGAAGAAUCUCCACCACAGUACCAGACGUCUUAUCUGCAGA